GAGAAAUCGUUGUUUGAACUGAAGCUCGUGCUGAAGGAGGAAGAACUUUGUAACUUGAUGUGACCACAUUAAGAAUUGUCCUCCCAUUUGUUUUCAUGAGGUUUCCUGUGUUCAGUAUUUCGACAUGCAGGGCUUUGUGCAUUUGUGGUCUUUCCUACUUCUUGUGAUAAUACAGGUAUCAUUAACAUCAGCUGCACAGGAUAUCCAAUGCAUUCAGGAUGGGAAGGAAUAUGAAGACCAAGAUGUUUGGAAACCUGUGCCCUGCGAAAUCUGUGUUUGUAAUAGUGGAAGCAUCCUCUGUGAUGAUAUAAUAUGUGACUUGGUAGAAUGCGAUGAUGCUGUGAUUCCCUUUGGAGAAUGCUGUGCUAUAUGUCCAAUCCCUCCUCCAGACAAUGUCUCUAAUGGUAAUAAAGUCCGAGGACCUAAGGGGGACCCAGGUCCACCUGGUCGUCCUGGCAUCCCUGGCUCUCCUGGUUCACCAGGACCACCUGGACUACCCGGUUAUGGGGGUCAUUCCAGUGGCUAUGAUACCAAAAGCGGAUGGAGUGGCAAGUCUACAUUUUAUGGUCCUUUUCCAAGCACACCUAUUGUUCAGGGCCCUCCAGGACUUAGAGGGCCAACUGGCCCAAUGGGACCGCCUGGUCCCCAAGGUUACUCUGGUACAACUGGUGCGACUGGACCACCUGGCUCCAGAGGUUCAGCAGGUCCUCCUGGCAGACCGGGUCCACCCGGAUCACCGGGAAAAGAUGGUGCAACUGGCAUACAAGGAAGAAUUGGUGAACGUGGAAUACCAGGUCCUCCGGGUUCUUCUGGUCAACCUGGUGUGCCUGGGAUGCCUGGACUUAAAGGUCACAGAGGUUUCAAUGGACGUGAUGGGACUAAUGGUGAACCUGGUACUCCAGGUGCAAAGGGUGAAGCUGGAUCUACUGGGAGCAGUGGUUUGCCUGGACCAAUGGGUCCUCGUGGUUUGCCUGGUGAGAGAGGGCAUAAUGGUUCCCCUGGAACCGCAGGUACCCGUGGUCAUGAUGGCCAGCCUGGCAAAGAUGGUGCACCUGGUCCUUCUGGACUGCCUGGUACGCCUGGUUUUCCAGGGCGUGCAGGAACGAAGGGUGAACCUGGAGAGCAAGGCUCUCGUGGUUCCGAUGGUACUCCAGGGUCAAGGGGUGAGCCAGGUCUCCAGGGCCGUGCUGGAAUCCCAGGCCCACCUGGUAAAUCUGGAAAAGAUGGAUCAACUGGUGCUCGAGGUUUACCGGGUCCUUCUGGUAUACCUGGCAGUCCUGGUGGACCAGGUCCAAUUGGUAGUCCAGGUCCAGCAGGUACAAAUGGAUUUCCAGGUUCCAAAGGUCUACCAGGUGAAUCUGGAAGACCUGGAGCAGCAGGUGAACGUGGUCCUAAGGGUGAAUCUGGAACACCUGGAAGCCCAGGUUCUCCUGGCCCAGCUGGUGAAGACGGUAAAAGAGGUCCACCUGGUGAAGCAGGGCCAGCCGGUGCACCGGGUGUUCCUGGCGAGAGAGGGUCUCACGGAGGAAGAGGGAUCCCAGGUCCAAGUGGUCCACCAGGUGAAAAGGGUCCUGCAGGGGAAACUGGUCUAAAGGGUCUCAUUGGGCCUAGAGGUGCCAAUGGCGAACCGGGUCGUCCUGGAGAUGCUGGUAUCCCUGGCCGAAGAGGACUUACAGGAAAUCCAGGAAACCCUGGUUCUGUUGGUAAACCUGGACCACAGGGUCUUUCUGGAGAUCGGGGUCUUCCAGGCCCACCUGGUUCACCUGGACAAAGAGGUUCACCAGGUGUUAUGGGUUUCCCUGGUCCAAGGGGUCAUGAUGGACAAUCUGGUAAAGUUGGUGAAAGAGGACUUCCAGGUGGUCCUGGUCUACAGGGUUUCCCUGGAAAACCUGGAGAGGCUGGCCCUCCAGGUGAACAUGGCAAAGCUGGCACACCUGGUGAAAGAGGAAAUCCAGGUCCUCCAGGAUUUCCUGGUGUUCAGGGUCUGAGAGGUGAUCCAGGUCCUCCUGGUGAAAGUGGCAAACCUGGUGGGCCGGGACCCAGUGGUAUAAGUGGCUUCCCAGGAGCACCCGGUUCAAAAGGUGAGGCUGGUCCAACAGGUGAGCGUGGACCUCCGGGGCCUUCAGGGCCUACAGGGCCACGCGGCCUUCCAGGUGACAGUGGAUUAGGAGGAGCUAAAGGUCCUCCUGGGCCUCCAGGUCUUCCAGGCUCAGCGGGCUCUUCAGGAAUGCAAGGUAUGCCAGGUGAAAAAGGUAGUCCAGGUGACAAAGGUCCUAAAGGUGAAAGAGGGGAGGUUGGUCCUCGGGGUCCUGAUGGUACACCAGGCAAAGAUGGUACUUCAGGGCAGCCAGGAAUUAUGGGUCCACCAGGUCAACCAGGAGCUCUAGGAGGACGGGGUGAGUCUGGUCCUGCUGGUCCACCUGGCCCUGUCGGUUCUCGUGGCUUUCCUGGUGAACAAGGGAAAUCUGGUCCCAAAGGUUCUAGCGGAUUUCCUGGUCCUCCAGGUCAUGAUGGGCAGCCUGGUCCUAAAGGCUCAGACGGCAGCCCUGGUCCAAAAGGUAAUUCUGGCCCGCCAGGCCCUGCAGGCCCAAACGGUUCUCCUGGUCGACUGGGCCUUCCUGGAAACGGAGGUUCAAAAGGUGAACGUGGAUCACAAGGUCCUCCUGGUGUUUCUGGUUUUCCUGGCCCUCCUGGCCCAAUUGGUGCAAUUGGACCAGCCGGUAGCCCUGGUUCUGCUGGCCCUCCAGGCCUCCCUGGUAAAGAUGGUCCUGCUGGUCUAGCUGGUAAAACUGGUUCACGUGGUGAAAUUGGGCCGACUGGUCUCAAAGGUGAACCUGGUACCCCCGGUGACAAGGGUUUAUCUGGUGGCCCUGGUUCUCCAGGUCCUCCUGGCAUGCCUGGCCCUCACGGUUUGGUAGGAUCACGUGGCUUGGUAGGCUUACCUGGUUCACAGGGACGACCAGGCCCUUCAGGUACAAGAGGUCCACCCGGUGAGCAUGGCAAGCAGGGUCCCCCUGGUGGUCCGGGUGAACGAGGUCCUUCUGGUCAAGCUGGACCACCUGGCGUGAGUGGACCACCUGGUCAACCUGGCAGAGAUGGUAAUCCAGGCUCUGAUGGCCCUCCUGGCCGAGAUGGAAAUCCUGGUUCUAAGGGUAAUCGUGGUGAACCUGGCCCAGUAGGCCAUCAAGGUUCCUCUGGACCUCCUGGACCUCCAGGUCAGCCUGGUUCACCUGGCAAACAAGGUGACAGAGGUUCAUCAGGAUCGACAGGUUCACGGGGCCUUCCGGGCCCAGCCGGGGCUGCUGGACGUGUGGGCCCUCAAGGUCCACGUGGCGAAAAAGGUGAAGUUGGACAACCUGGUGGCAAUGGUAUCAAGGGUCACCGGGGAUUCCCUGGAGCACAAGGUCUGUCAGGGCCUCCUGGUAUUACUGGGGAAUCAGGCCAACCUGGAAAACCCGGAGCUCAAGGUGUAAGAGGUCCUCCAGGUUCAACUGGCCCCCCUGGCAAAGAUGGUAAUAGUGGUUAUCCCGGCUCUAUGGGUCCUCCUGGUCCACGUGGUUCACGAGGAGAAGCUGGCCCCAGUGGUCCUCCUGGUGAUCAUGGCCCUCCUGGUAUUCCUGGCUCCCCUGGUCCUCCUGGUCUCUGUUGUGGAACACUAUCACGUGGCAAUGAAGAAAAGGGUGUAGUGUAUCCAGGAACUUACUUUGGUGAUCAGCCUAGUGACUCUACAAAGGUACAAGGGGAAGAAAUAAUAGCUGCCCUGAAAUCUCUUAACAGCCAAGUGGACAAAAUCCUGAGCCCUAAUGGAUCGCAAAAGAGCCCUGCCCGUAGUUGCCGUGAUCUAAAAUUUUGCCAUCCAGAAUUCAAGAGCGGAGAAUACUGGAUUGAUCCUAAGCAAGGCUGCAAAUUGGAUGCCAUCAAAGUACAUUGCAACAUGGAGACUGGGGAGACCUGUGUGCCUUCUAACCCCAGAAGCAUUCCACGCAAGAACUGGUGGACGAGCAAAAAUGAUCGUAGAAAGAAGCAUGUGUGGUUUGGUGAGUCCAUGGAUGGUGGUUUCCAUUUUAGCUAUGGUGACAAUGUGAUAUCAGAAGACACUGUUGAAAUCCAAAUAGGAUUCCUUAGAAUGCUUUCCACACGAGCAUACCAGAAUGUGACUUACCACUGUAAGAACAGUAUUGCCUAUCUGGAUGCUGAGGCCGGAAAUGUGAAGAAAGCUUUAAGGCUGAUGAGUUGGGUUGACAUGGAGCUCAAAGCUGAAGGAAACAGCAAAUUUACUUACAAUGUCCUUGAAGAUGGUUGUGCUAAACACACAGGAGAUUGGAGCAAGACUAUCUUUGAGUAUAGAACACGAAAGACUCUUCGUCUGCCCAUUGUGGACAUUGCACCAUUGGAUAUUGGUGCUGAGGACCAGGAAUUUGGCGUUGACAUUGGACCUGUCUGCUUCUUGUAAAAUGCAAGGUUAUUUGAACACCAUCUUUUCCAGUGUUUAAACAAAAUGGGCAUGGGCUAAUUCAUCUUUAUAUUGCACUUACCCAUAUGCUUCUAUUUUGGAUCUCCCAGGAGGAAAUAACGUCCAAAUCACUAUUCAUCAUUUUGUUAGAAAUUGUAGAAAAUAUCAAGAUGGAAGAUGUAUAACAAAAGAAUUUUUCUAUAUAAGUGUACAGAUAACUACUCUAUGGUGCUUAACACUGGGGUGAAAUCAAGAAAUAUAAUUUUAUAAAGUGCUGAACAUUCCCGACAUCAAAUUUGACCAAUUUUUCUUACCAAGAUGAAAAUCAGUACAUGUAGAACUUGCCCAGUUUCAUCUACCUCAUCACAGACAGAAACUGGGAUAGGUUUGAUACUGCCAAGAAAAUAUUGCACUAGUCAUUGAAAUUCUCAAACUGUAUUUGAAAACACAGCUUUCCAGAAGCAAUCAAUUUGAGGAUGAUUCAAGGACAGGCGCUUCGUAUGAACAUGUAUCAAGUUAUUAUUGAUGCUGACAGCAGAAUUGAAAUAAAUGUACUAAAUACUCUGCAUUCACUGUAUGUUCAACCGAUUAUUCAUUGGUGCUUGUAUUCUUGAAUCUGGUUUUGUCUUUAAACUGGUGCUAUUUUAAGAACAGACCUCCUAAAACUUAGAAAAAUCCUUUGUAGUUUGUAUCUGUUGCUGUAAUGGUAUUUCAUUGGCCUCUCGAUGAUGCAUUCCUUCUUCACAUGUAUUCAUUUGCUGAUCAAUGCAAAAUUAUCACUACUUUAUCAGCUGUAUGCUUUCUGCUUGCCAUUCAUAUUUGUAAAAUUCAUCACAUGGAUAAAGGCUGUCAAAGGGUUCAUUGAUGUUUUGUUAUGCAACUAUCUGUUUGUCACUAAACAAGGUCAGGACUUUUACUGCAAUUGUAUUUGAAUGCUUAUUUGUCAUAAAAGAAACAAAUAAAAUGUACUGAAAAAGUA